GCAGUGUGAUGUCCAGGGUCAGAAAUGCCUUAUGUGGAUCGCCAGAAUCGCAUCUGUGGUUUCCUAGACAUUGAAGAAAAUGAGAAUAGUGGGAAAUUCCUGCGGAGGUACUUCAUCCUGGACACACGAGAAGACAGCCUGGUGUGGUACAUGGAUAACCCACAGAAUCUUCCCUCUGGAUCUCCACCUGUUGGGGUCAUUAAACUUACCUAUAUUUCAAAGGUUAGCGAUGCAACUAAGCUAAGGCCAAAGGCAGAGUUCUGUUUUGUUAUGAAUGCAGGGAUGAGAAAAUACUUUCUACAAGCCAAUGAUCAGCAAGACCUAGUUGAAUGGGUAAAUGUUCUGAACAAAGCUACCAAAAUCACAGUACCAAAGCAGUCUGAUCCUCUCUGUCAGAUGGAUAAUGCAAAUCGUCAAGCUGAAAGCCCAGGUGGAAAGAAACAAGUCUCUUACAGGACAGAAAUUGUUGGGGGUGUUCCUAUCAUCACACCCACCCAGAAAGAAGAAGUCAGUGAGUGCAGUGAAGGGGCUGACAGGAAUUAUUUGAAGCGGUCACAAAGUCACCUUCCCUAUUUUGCUGCUAAGCAUCCCCCAGAUAAUGCUAUUAUCAAAGCUGGUUACUGUGUCAAACAAGGAGCAGUGAUGAAGAACUGGAAGAGAAGAUACUUUCAGUUAGAUGAAAACACAAUAGGAUAUUUCAAGUCUGAACUGGAAAAGGAACCUCUCAGGGUUAUACCACUUAAGGAGGUCCAUAAAGUUCAGGAAUGCAAACAAAGUGAUAUAAUGAUGAGAGACAAUCUCUUUGAAAUUGUAACAACUUCUCGAACCUUUUAUGUACAGGCUGACAGUCCAGAAGACAUGCACAGUUGGAUAAAGGCAAUUUCUGGGGCCAUUGUGGCACAGCGAGGACCUGGGAGAUCAGCAGCUUCCGAGCAUACCGAGUCUUCUUCCGAACCCAACCAUGCUGUCCGUCCUGCCGGCCCAGCCCCAGCCCCCUCACAUUCCACAGCCACUCACAGCAGCCCUCUGGUCCCAAACCCUCACGCCAAACACGCUGCCUUGGAGAAGCGAGGAUUUCACGAGUCUUUUACCAAGGCCAAGCCAGGGAGCUACAAGAUCCAGGUUGUCUCUCCAAGAGAAUCAGCUUCCAAAGUGACUGAACGGGGCCCUUGGGAACCCCAGAGUAAAAAUGGCACUCAGGAACAGGAUCCUGGCCUUGUGGAUCUGGAUGAUGCAAGCCUUCCAGUUAGUGAUGUGUAGUGGUGGAAGUGUUUGGAGAAAUGAUCCAUUUGUUGUUCGGUCCUCUAAUUUCCUUGCUUGGACUUUUAACCAAAGAAAAUGAUAGGAAAUGAGAACAAGAAA